GGCCACAACGCAGAUCUCACACUGUUCCUCGCAGAGCGCCUGUUACACGCGCCACCACGCCACGCCCCAGUCGCUGCACCCACCGCAGUAUUGCCUGCGCACGCGCCUGUUACCCGCGCGCCAACCUCGUCCAUCGCGGGCUGCCUCGUUCCCCAGCGGCAGCAAAGCAACAGUCUCGACGCCAAGCGCUGAACAAUGGCCGUCACGCGCGGCAAAACGCGGGCAGCUAAGGCGAAGGGCGGCCUCGUGAAGCAGGCUAUGACGCUCAUCGCGCUCGCGUCGUCGGCGUUCAUCCUGCUGCCCGCCGGCCGCGACAUCGUCUCCUACAAGACGUCGAUCCUACCGGGUGAAGCGGAGACGCGGCCGCUCAUGACGAUGGCGCACUCGUCGAGCCGGACGGGCAUGUGGGGCAUCUGGGGCCUCAACCACUGCUUCGUCGCGCUGCUCAAGGUCGCCGCGUUUGUCUCCGGCGUCCGUACUUCUUCCCCGCGACGCCGUCGACACAUUUCACGCGCAGGAUCCUCGCCAAGGACAAGGAGCAGCUCAAGAAGCUCUGGGUCCUCACGGCCGCGACCACGGCGUACGUCGCCAAGUGGAAUAGUGAUGUGGCCGACUACGGCGGCGACCUCGGCGGCUUCGUCGUCGUCUGCGGCCUGCAGACGCUGUCGAUCGGCUACCUCGCCUUCGCCUAGAGCGCUCCGCCACGCUAGGAGCACUAAGAACGAAGUAAAAGGACAUUCCGUUACGCCCGCCAGCGCUCCAAGCUACGGCCCUCU